CGAGGAGUCGCGGAUUGAAGAUGGAAAAUUCCCAAGAUGUUUUCUCAAGUAAUGGUGGCUGUGUAAGUGAUAUAGUUACAGAGAAAUACCUGGUUGAAUCCAAGGAGUCUGCAUCUCAUGUUCAGCUUGCUUGUAGCAUGCAGCACUGUGCUUUCCCUUUGGAUGGGAAUGAACUUUGCAUAUGGAACACCAAGGAUCCUUCUCAUCAGCUUCUAAUCCUACGAGAACACCAUCAGCCAAUUACUGCUAUGGCUUUUGGAAAUAAAGUGAAUCCACUUCUAAUCUGCUCAGCAUCACUGGAUUAUGUUAUAAUGUGGAACCUGGAUGAAUGUAGAAAGAAAGUACUUCAAGGGCUGGUCCCGCGAGGGACUAUCAUGGGCUCACUUUUGGGAAAGGUGCUGUGUUUACAGUUGAGCCUGGAUGAUCGAUUUGUUGCCGUGUGUGCUGGAAACAAAAUAUUCACACUGGAUAUCGAGCAGCCAUGUUCUGUGACAUCCAUAGAACGUCCUGAUGUUAAUCACCACCACAAAGUUCCAUCCCCGACCUUGCACACAUUCUCUCAGACUCAGGCUGUCCUGGCCAAGCUGCAGGGCCACCUGGGCCCGGUGACUGCGGCGGAGUUCUGUCCCUGGCAAGCAGGCAUCAUCAUCUCAGUAUCCGAGGACAGAGGCUUUAAGGUCUGGGACCAUUGUACAGGAUCGUUAAUAUACAGUUCAUCUGUGUUAUCAGCAUAUCCUCUUCUCAGCUUAUUCAUUGAUGCAGAAAGCAGGCAGCUGGUCACUGGGUGUGCUGAUGGCCAGCUUUGGAUCUUCAGUUUGAUGGAUGGACACCACUAUCGUCUUGUGGCACGGGUUGACCUAAGGAAGAAGACAGAGACUUUCUUCACAAGAAGGGUUAAGUCUGGGCUGUACAGCCAGCCAGAAGAAAGCUGGCUUCCCUCUACAAGUGCCCUGGGAAAAGGAGAGCAGGUGGGAGUGACGUUUCCUAUACUGAGACUUGCACCCUGCGAUCUCUCACGUGUCCCACAUUCUGCAUGUGGAUGUCUUUCCUCUGAGAACACCCAGUGCUUGUGGAUUGGAAGCUCAGUGGGCUUAUUCGUGUUUAACCUGGCAAACCUGGAAGUGGAAGCUGCUUUAUGUUACAAGGAUUUCCACAGCCUCAGCAUCCCAUUGGCCGGAUCAUGUGCCCUGAGGAGCUGCUCCGCAGAUGGCAAGGCGCUGUGCUUGCUGGCCUCCCUGUUUGGAGGGAAGAUCGCUGCGCUGGAGGUGGACCCAGCCGCGCUGGUCGUGGCUCAGCAGUGCCCCAGGGUGGGACAGGGCCUCUCAGUGCCAGCCAGCUCCUGUGUCCUACCUACCUCUCCACUGUAUCUGGGAAUUGCCAAGGAGAAAAGCACCAAGGCUGCUAGUGAACAGCGAUGUGCUAAACGGAACGUCAUGAAGGACCAAUUCCUGGUUUUUCACAGUAAAAUUAAGUCGUCUGGUUAUGCGUCGACACCACACUUAACUAUGUUUUCGCCAAAGACCAACAUCAAGAGUGAGGGUAAAGGACCGUCAAGACACAGGAGCAGCUGCACAUGGGAGGCGUACGCCGUGGACAGCGCUGUGCCUGCCAAGCCUGGCCCCCGGGUCGCUGCAGCCCCUGCCUGCACACGUGUGUGCUGCAUCCAGUACUCAGGAGAUGGACAGUGGCUGGCCUGUGGGUUGGCCAACCAUCUGUGUCUGGUUUUUGAUUCCAGCCUGACUGGGACACCUGCUGUGUUUUCAGGUCACGACGGGGCGGUUAACGCCGUCUGCUGGAGCCAUGACCAGAGGUGGCUGCUCUCCGCGGCCCGGGACCAGACCCUGCGGGUGUGGUCGGCGCAUAGGACAGAGCAUGCACUGCUACUGGGCAAAGACAUGUUUUCUAAACCAAUACAGUCUGCACAGUUUUAUUACAUAGAUGCCUUUAUAUUAUUGUCUUCUGGCCCUGAAUUUCAGCUACUGAAGUAUCACAUUGACACUUGCAAAGAUGAGAUUAAGAGGUAUAAACAGAAGAGCAAAUCCAAGCUGGUUUGCAGGCUCUCCAUGACGGAUGCAGGAGACAUGACCUGUUUGUCAGCAGUAAAUGACUUUUAUUCCCACAUCGUACUCACAGCUGGCCGGAACAGGACCGUGGAAGUGUUUGAUCUCAACGCCGGCUGCAGUGCAGCCAUGAUAGCAGAAGCCCACUCGCGGCCUGUCCAUCAAAUCUGCCAAAAUAAAGGUUCAUCAUUUACGACCCAACAGCCUCAGGCUUAUAACCUUUUCCUGACCACGGCCAUUGGCGAUGGGAUGAGACUGUGGGACCUGAGAACUCUGAGGUGUGAGCGCCACUUUGAAGGGCAUCCAAACCGCGGCUAUCCAUGUGGAAUAGCUUUCAGUCCUUGUGGACGAUUCGCGGCUUGUGGGGCUGAAGACAGACACGCUUACAUGUAUGAAAUGGGCUCUAGCACGUUUUCUCACCGGCUGGCUGGGCACACAGACAUUGUCACCGGAGUGGCCUUCAACCCGUCAGCACCCCAGGUACAGUCUUGCUGAGUGGGCGGGGCACC